GUUGUCUGCUGGCAGGCAGUCCAGUGCCAGUAGACAGUAGACAGUAGACAAUAGACAGUAGCCGUAGCUGUAGCAGUUGCUGUUGCUGUUGCUUUUGCUGUUGCAUUCGCGGAUUUGGCGGGUUCUUUCAAAAUCGAUCCGAGCGGAGCACCCAAUAACGACACUUGGCACGCGUUGCCUUUCAUUUUAAAUUCGUGAAACAUUGGGCCACAAAUAGUGACGAAAACCAACAACGACAACAACAAGUCGAAAAGUGUUCCAAUUGACGCAGGGCUGCGUCAUGUUGUUGUCGCUGUCUUUGCAACAUGUAAAACAACAACAGCAACAAGAAACACAACAUAAACAAUUAACUCGAUGCGAGUGUUGGCCAAGAAUAACGAUUCUAGUAAAAAAAACUUGGCUUUAACUCAACUAAUUUGCCAAGGGAAACGAAAUACUAACAAAAAACGCAAAAAGUUGUUAAAACGCCAACAUUUUCAAUAUUACCGGUCCGGAAAGUAGGCGUAGUCAGAAGCAAGUAGAACGAACAAAAAGAAUCACAAAGAAAAAAAAAAAACAAAAAAACUGGAAACAGACGAAAAAGUGGCAAGCAAAUUGUUGUAGCUGUUGUAGCAACGACAGCCAACACAUAUGGCAAGAAGAAGAACGACAGCAACACCAACACCAACAACAACAAGAACAACAAUAAGAACAAGAACAACUGUCGCCGUUUCUUAAUGCAAAACAACCAUUCUGUGAUAUCUUAAGAUCCAAAGAUGACAUCGUUAACCUUGCACUUGAUCGUGAUAGCGCUGCUGGCGGCGGCGGCGGCAGCGGCAGCGGAAGCGGGUACGGGAACGUUGACGGUAGCUCGUUCCGCUGGCCAGCGUGGCAGAGGAGCAGCAGCAGCAGCAGCAGCAGCGGCGGCAGCAUCGUCAACGAUGACGACGACGACGACGCAGACGCCAACGUUGCGCGCUCCUCGCCAACGGCGUCCGCCAACAACGCUGCCCAUCGAUGACGGCAACGGACGUCGCAGAAGCAGCAGCACAACGCCACUGCCGCCAGCAACGACGCAGCUGCAGCGUCGCCGUGGCCUCAAAGCCACAACAACGACAACAACGGCGGCGACGCCAACAACAUCUGCUGACAGCAUUAGACGCGGCAGCGGCCGUAGCAGCAACCGUGCUGCUCGCCAGCCACGCGACACGCCAACGCUGACUGCAUUCGAUACCAGCAGCAGCAGCAGCAGCAGCAGCAACAGUCGACGUCAGUCGCCAUCCUCAGAUCCAGUCGUUAACUCCCCCUUCGUGCGAAACGCCGCCGGCGCACUCAAAACGCCGCGCAUGAUACAGCGCCUGGUGGCUGGACACAUCCACAAUUCGCAGGGUCACUCCACCUACGAGGUGUCUGCUGUCAGCAGCAACAGCAGCCGAAGCAUUGCAAUUGCAACAACAACAACAACAACAUCGACAACGACAACAACAAGCACAACAAAGUCACCAUUUGUGAAUGAGCGACGCAAGGCAAGCAGCUCUUAUCGUCUGGCCAGGCCACCACUAGUGGAUCGGGAUCGUGAUCGGGAUCGGGAUCAGGAUCAGGAUGAUGACGAGGCGCUGCUUAAUGAGCCGGAUGACUUUGAUAACUGGGACAACGGCAUAUUGCGUCUCAGUGCCGGCUCCGGCAAGGAGGUGGAGUCAGCCAAGGGUAGCAGCAGCAGCGGUGGUAAGCAGAGCAAGGAGGAUGCAAAGAAGACGCUCGCGGAUCAGGUGCGGGAUGGCAAGUACGGCCUGAUCGAGAAGGAGCUCUUCCGACGCGUACCCAAGCGUCCGGGCGUGCUGAGCUAUGCACGCAAUCCCGAGGUGCCGCUGGAUAACGAACGCAACUUUGGUGGCCUUAGCGAGCAGGAUAUUUGGCUGGCCGAGGAUCAUCUGCUGGUCAUCAAGGGUGGCAGCCUGAAUGAGGCGGCCGGUGGCGAUGGCAUUGGCAAUGAUGAUGCCUGGCCGCCAAUUGAUGAUUACGAUGCGCCGUUGCGACAGAUCAAGCUGCCAGCGAAUCCAGUCGUACCGCCUCCAUUUCCCGUGCAGCUCGAGCCGCAUGGGCCACUGCAGCUUAUCCGAGAUAAUCAAAUCGAGAGCCUCCAUCCGACAGCUGGCAAUGCAACGCCAUCCGUUGUGGGUCAGCACGCGGCCCACGGCCAAAGUCACGGAGCUGCCCACGGCACGGGGACGCAUUCUGCUGCCCGGCCGGGAGCGAUUGCGUCGUCUAAGGCAGCUGACCCGAAGCCCAGCUACGUCUACCCGUCGCCCUACGCGCCCUGGCUCUAUCCCAACGAGACGUUGGGCCAUCCCCCAUCCCACCUCCCGUCGCUGCCCCGGAGUCCGCUGCUGGGGCCCUGGCUAAUCGGUGGACUGCACGCAUCGGGCAACAUUUCCGGCUCGGCACCAGUUGCCCUCCAUGGCAAUAUUAGUGACUUUGACGAGGAUGAUCCAUCGUUGUACUAUCCGCCCGCGUACAGCUUUGUCUAUCACAGCAACUACUCGAAUCCGGUGCCGCCGGGUCCGCUAGUGCCAGGCAUUGUGCUGCCACCGCCACCCGAUCACUUUAGCCGGCUGGAAACGAUGGCGACAACUAGCUCCUCCUCAACGACGACAACGACAACGACGACAACGUCAACGCGACGUCCUUAUAUCAGUAGCAGCACUACUCCUACGUCUACCAGUACAAGUAGCGGCACCACCAGCACCACCCGACCACCGUCGCGUCUCUCACUCAAGUACAAUGCCAUUGGUUAUCUGCCGCAGGCGCCCACUCCAACUCGACCGGCCAAUAAGUAUGUGGAGCGCGUGCCGGUCCCAGUGGCAGUGCCAAUACCUAUUUAUCCUGUCAAUUAUCAGCCGACAACGGCACAGCCACAGCUACGGCAAAAACCCACCGCGCAGCUUGUAUUUGUGCCCAGCACGAGCAGCACGGAACGCACCAGGGAUCGCAAUCCGGAACGAAAUCGGGAUCGGGACCGGGAUCGUGAUCAGUCACCGCUGUCCAAGUCGAAUCCGAUUUACUACGAGUACUUCGAGGCGAAGCGACAACCCACUGGCAUCAAGUCGUCGAAUGCAAUCAAUGACUUCCUGGCCACAAAGCCACCGAAGCGACACCACUACAAGUCCCCACCCAGUCCCGUCAAUGAUGUGUCCGUCGUGAGCAUUACGCCCAAGCCACGUACGCCCAUCCAGCUGCACUCCGAAUACGAUGCAGCACUGGGCCAGCUGAUACGCAGUAACCUCAUCUCGCCGCCGGCGGCUGCCAACGGACGUUUCCAUCCGCCCGAUUUUGAUCGGCAGCCGUUCCUGCCCAUGGUCAACUACAGUGCCGACGAGCAGGAUCAGAACGCGUUCAAGGCAAUCGUUUAUCAGCCGCAGCCGCAACGUCAGCGCCAGCUGCGCGUGGGCAAGCAUCAGCAGCUCCAGCUGCAGCGGGAACGAGAACGGGAACGGGAACAGCAGGAACAGGGGCUACAGCAGCAGGAGCCAGACUCAUAUUUGCCCGACACACUGCUGCUGCAACGUCAGCGCCAGCUGAGGAUGGGCAAACAGCAGCUGCAGCAGCUGCACCAGUCGCCAUCGCCAUACGAUCCUGGCCAGCAGAUUGUGUACAGCACCCCGCAUCCACCGUUGCCGCCGCCGCCGCCGUCAUCGUCUUCCUAUUUGGAUAAUCAGCUGCAGUCGCGUCCUGCUGCAUAUCAGCUGCGUCCCCCGCAAUUCAACUGGCAACGUCCACAACUGCCACAAGCACCGCCGCCGCCAGCGCCACAAUUUAAACGUUUGCGUCACAACAGUGGCAAGCAUCCACCCUUUCCGCCUUACAGCUUUGUGCCCAGUUACCCAAGUGGGCCUGCCGCCCCGGAGCCCCUAUACCGCCUGUUGCCUGUGCCACAGCACAAACACUGGCGCCAGCCAAGCAACAAGCAGCAGCAGCAGCAUCAGCUGCAGCAACAGCAGCAGCAGCAGCAACAACAACAGAAUUAUUAUCCGGAUCGGGGCGUUAAUAUUGGCCACAGCCUGGCCAGCGACAUAUUGGUCAACUACAAUAGCAACAAUCAGUUCAAUCCGCAGGCGGAACUGGUGCCCCAAGCGCAACUGGGACCGCCGCCAUUAUCCUACCAGGCGCAGAAUGGCGGACAGGCAUCGCUAUGGUCCGACCGACCCGUCCGACAGUCCCGUGCACAGCUGCAGGAACAGGCCUAACAAUAGACGAAGAAGAUGAAGAAUAGAAGCCAAUUUAUAUUUCUAUAUGGGAUCUAUAACAAGGGCAAAUCCAGGCACUUGGACGACUUGGCUCGAGCGCCGCGGGAAGAGUCAAUGAUGAACACACAAAGCAGAGUCUACAGAUUGGAGGUAUGCCAAUUCUCUUUCUCUCUCUCUGUCUAUGUCUGUGCCGGGAUAUGAAGCGCAACCUCUACUCAACAAUGAAUAUAUAUUAUGAAUAUAGCUGGUCAAUUUGACUGGUCACAUCUGCCUUUUGAUUUGGAGGCCAAUCGAAUAUUACACAUUACAUAACAUACUACUAAAUAAUUUGAUGUGGCCGGAAAAGGCCUCGACAAGCUACAAUACAUAUAUUUAUAUUGCACAUAUACUAAAUCAUACUCUACAUCUAUGCAUGUCCAGAAAUGCAAUUGGACAUUGACAUUGAUAAACUUGUGUAAAUACCGUUAAGAAAAUUAUAAGCAUAUGAUAUAUGAUAAUAGUGUGUGUAAGCCAAAUAAUCGAGUAUUGCAUUAUUUGAGUGCUACACAGCAACAAAACACUUAGUCUUAAAUGGGCCACAGAACCAGUGAGUUCUAUUGUUUUCCUUAGCAUAUAUUAAGAGGAAAAACAAACAAAACAAAACAAAAACAAUACUGUUUGAAUACUGUUUUCAACUAUCCUGUUUAUACAUACGAGUUAUAACCAUUAUAUAUACUUAUUCCAUUUUUUAUUUAUUUGACAGUAAUAU